AUGAUCGUAACCAUAGCGGCCCGCCGCGUCAACUACAUGGCAACCGUUUUCAAUGUCCGAGAAUGGCAGUUUUACGAUGCGGUAGAAGGAUAUUCGGCGCCGCCGGCCUUGGGCAAGGAGUCCUGGCAAAAUACGGCCUUCUUCCGGCCUGUUCAGAGGCGGCUCAUUUCUGCCUACAUUCGUGCCAUCCGCGCUGCUGGCGGACGCUCGUGGCUGUACGUCCAGGCUAUGGCCACAGACCCGGGGGAUACAGAGCUGCAGAAAGAUGCUCCUGUUAUCGGUCAGCACAAGGUGGAUGGCCGACCCUUACUGGAUGUCAUGCCGCCCACGCAUGCCUGGGCCAAGCGCAUAGCGCCUCGUUGGGCGACCUUUGCAGCAGAGAUGGAGUUCUCAGGCAUCCACUGGGACACCUUGGGCGAUUUCGGAGCAGGCCGUGCCUCGAGGAACGGCGCCGACCUCUAUGGGUUCUUGGAGGCUGCAAAGCCCAUUCUGCAGGCCCAGGGGCUUGAGCAGACGGCGAACUUCGUCGACGGCUUUGGCUGGGACGCGCGGCUUUGGAAUUCCGGGCUCAUUGCCUUUCCCUACUGGGAGGUCUGGUCCGUGCCGAGGGUAUCCAGGAGGUUCUUCCGUGAAGCCUGCCCCGGUCCCGCCGGUGGCUGCGUCUUCGUUUGCUAUCCCGGCAAGGAUAGCCAGCAUUCUGAUCAGCAGCAGAACAGCGGCUUCGUGGGAGAGGGACCAACGCAGUUGCUGCUGGACAGGUGGACCUUGGCCAAAUGCACGAACCACACCUACCUCGCCGUCGGUGAUGGCGCGAAUCACAUCCAAACCGAGUACUUCCCCUUCACACGCUCGCUCGACGUUCAGGUAAUCGAGCAACUUCAACAUCUAUUUGUUGGUGAUCUGGACAAGCAGGAGUGCGCGCGACUGCUGGAUAUCUAUGCGCCAGCGGAGCUGUCGUUGCUUCAAAGUCUGCCACCCUGGGCUCCAUGGCUUUUGCUUCUCUUGCUUUUACCUCUCUUCUGCCUCAUCUACUUCUUGCGCACAAAGUGGUGCAAGAAGCGACCGCUGUCCUCCCCAGCGCAACUUCAAGUCCAGAAAAGCCCCGUGCAGAAGCCUUUCCAGUCUGACACCCGCCGUUCCGUCUUGGCUGCUGAUGGCUUCACCUACGAACGGCAGGCCAUUGAGAAGUGGCUCUCCAUGCACAACACAUCGCCGAUGACGGGAGCUGUCUUAGCACACAGGUAUCUCACCGAGAACUUCGCGCUCCGCCACCUCAUCGAGACUUACGAAGCACAGCUGUCAGAGAAGAGGACGACGCAGGGUCGUCGAGCAGGUGUUUCGAAGACCUGCAUCUCCCCACCGCUGUCUGAGCUCAGCGAUGAGGCCGAUUCGUACAUGGACGAAGAGUGGAGCAACGAGGCCCCAUCACGGCGCAUGGUUCGCAUGGAAGAGGACAUGCCGAUCCUUAGCCACCAAGUGGACGACGGCUGA